CAGCCUUAUGGAGCCCAGUGCAUGCCACUAUCCCUUCUAGGGCAUGGCACAGGACCUUUUUUUCUGUAUGGAAGGAAGGGCCUGGUCUGUGCCCCUCCAGGUUUAGGUCCUUGCUCAGUAACUCAAGCAUUUGAUCGUGGCAUGGGUGUCAAUGCUUCAACUCCCUAAGUCUACCUCAGCAGUCCUCUCUAGGACUAUGGUGAUGUUGUCCUUGAGAUCUUCAUCGACACUUGACCUUAGGUCACUUCAGGGAAAUGAAGUGUCCCUGCCCUCCUGGUGGAUAAGCAGACCUUUGACAUAACAGGCAUGGGUGGUAUUCCAGAAAGGAUAAGGUAAGCCUCCCUGGGGUGAUGUCAGCACAUUACUCCUAGCCACUACAGCAGAGCACACCCCUCCACAGCAAGUCCUACCUUCCUGCCUGAGGAAUGUAGGGGCACACGACUUGAGGUACCUCUCAGCCUCAUUGUGGUGUUUGUCUCCAGUGUUUCCAAAAAGCAUUCUGAAGGAACCUGAUUGUGCUGGAUAAGGGAAUGGGUAGUCAUGGUAUGCGUGACAUUCGUGGCCACUUUGAGUGGACAGGGUCCAAGUGCCCUGGAGCUGUGCCCAGGCUUCCUAUGGUGUGAGUCUCACUCCAUACAAGGUGACAGAGCUCAGCCAAAUCAGGAAGACCUACUUGGGUAGCCCAGGGAAGGCUCAUGAGCAGAGGUGGACCCAGGUACUUGAGGAUCACUGAGACCUUCCUGGAAUCCACACACAUCUUUGGCCCUAAAAGCCUGAGUCUCCUCUUCCUCCAUGUUGUGGUCCUGAAAGGGAUGCCUGCUUCACUUCAAGUUUGGGUUGGGCAUUUGGGACAUAGUUGGGGUGGGAAGGGCGGUCUACAAAAGCAGAGAGUCAAAGGUUAAGAGUCUGGACUCCUUAUUGACAUGUGAUAGCAAUGUCCAGCGUGCAAGCUAAACUACCUAGCUGCCUAGGCCUCUAUCCCAGGCUAGGCUUCAAGGCCCUAGGAAUUGCUGUGACAAGCCAAUUCUAAGGUAGGUCAUAACCCCUUUCACUACCCACCACAGAGGUAGGCCAUACUUUACUAACCACCCAGAGCAGUUCAAACACCUUAGUGCCCCAAGGCUUCCUAGACCCAGGUCCUACUACCUCUUAGUCAAGGCUGUACUUGGCCACUAUCACAUGUGCACACAUUUCAUAUAUUUCCAGACCUUUGUCAAGUCUUCAACCCCUAAAUUCCUCCCACCAGUACGGGCUCAUUUCUCUCAAAUGUUACCUGGCAUCCCACUAAAACUGGCCAUUUUCUACUCUGGCCUCUGUCCACAUAGGUUGAGCUUGGCUGCAAUCGCCCUGGUCAGGCCUGGUUUCUUGCAGCCUGAACAGUUUCCAUAAAUACAAGUUUCAGAUUAGCCCCAGACCUGUUAUUUAGAGGGAAAACCAGACCCAGGGAACCUAAGAAGGUCUCACAACAGGAUCAGUUUUGACCCCAUUCAGUGUGCCUGGCCUUUGAGAGACACUUUCUAAAGCUGACCUGCCCCCUUUCCCUUCAGGUUCUACUGGGGGCCUAGUCCUAAGCCUCCUGCCUCCUCAUCCUGUGACAACUGAGGGUCCUAGCAGGCCAUGCAGCUGUGUCAAGGUGCCUCCAGCAUGGCAGCAGCCGAAGGGCCUGGCUACCUUGUGUCUCCUCAGACCGAGAAGCACCGGCGGGCCCGCAACUGGACAGAUGCGGAGAUGCGCGGCCUCAUGCUGGUCUGGGAGGAGUUCUUUGAUGAGCUCAAGCAGACCAAGCGCAAUGCCAAGGUGUAUGAGAAGAUGGCUAGCAAGCUCUUUGAGAUGACUGGGGAGCGCCGGCUAGGCGAGGAAAUCAAAAUCAAAAUCACCAACAUGACCUUCCAGUACAGGAAAUUAAAAUGCAUGACAGAUAGCGAGUCCGUCCCGCCGGACUGGCCCUAUUACCUAGCCAUUGAUAGGAUUCUGGCCAAGGUCCCUGAGUCCUGUGAGGGCAAACUGCCGGACGGCCAGCAACCGGGGCCCUCCACAUCCCAGACCGAGGCUUCCCUGUCACCGUCUGCUAAGUCCACCCCUCUGUACUUACCGUAUACCCAGUGCUCCUAUGAAGGCCGCUUCGAGGACGAUCGCUCCGACAGCUCCUCCAGCUUACUGUCCCUUAAGUUCAGGUCAGAGGAACGCCCUGUGAAGAAACGCAAGGUGCGGAGCUGUCACCUACAGAAAAAGAAGCUGCGGCUGCUGGAGGCCAUGCUGGAGGAGCAGCGCAGGCUGAGCCGCGCCAUGGAGGAGACGUGCCGGGAGGUGCGCCGCGUGUUGGACCAGCAGAACAUCCUGCAGGUUCAGAGCCUGCAGCUCCAGGAGCGAAUGAUGAGCCUGCUGGAGAAGAUCAUCGCCAAGUCCAACGUCUAGGCCAUGGCGAGGUUACCAGGCGUCACGCAGUCCUGGCUCGAGGCCCGCCCACCCAGGCUCAGAGGCCCGCCCACCCAGGCAGGCUUCCGGCCUGGCCUCUGUGCUUCUCUGAAGGGCUUUCUAGGACUCCAGUAGCACUGGGAGACCUUGGGACCCCCAUCUCCUGCAUUAAUGCCAGGGACUCCAGGACGACAGGUAGUGAGGAAGUCCCAGAAGCCACUCUCUAGUAUAGUCCCUGUCUGAUACUUGAAACAGCUUUUGAUAUUAAACA